AUACACUCCCGCUACCCUGCGACUUGACUUCACCUAUCCGACAAAACCCUAUUUCUAACUCGAAUACCAUCAAAUGAAUCACAAACCGUAAACUUCACUAUGAAGCAACUACUGGUGUUGUCUGUUAUGUUGGCUAUGACCGGGGCGACCGUCUCCGCCGCCGCGAUACCUGCGCAGAAGGUUCCCUUGACACGCACCAACCGAAAUUGCGAUGGCUCACUUGCUUCUCCUACUGAAUUGACUGAAUCAUUUGGCUUUGCCAACCUCGUUCAACCGGCAUCCGGCAAACUGGUCGCAGCUGUUGUCUUACAGGGUGCAACGCCUAGCGCUACCUAUAAGGUCCGGCUCAUUCAGGCUCCGAUGCCGUCGCCUUGCUAUGAUAUUCCCAGCACCACAUUGAUCACGGACAGCUCAGGCAAUGGGAAUACAAACUUCCAACAACCGGUGGAUCCGAGUGCGACAGCCGCAUUUGUUGAUCUCAACAACCUGGCCCAUCCCAACGAAGACUACUUCACCACUAAUCCGAAUCACUUUAAGCUUUCUCCUCCAGCAUAGAGAGGAUGAUUCUGAACGUUAAGAGCCUGCUGUGUACUGUCUGUCCCUGUUUCCGCUUUACUUCAUGUAUUCGAGGUAUCAAAG